AUGGCCGACGAUCCAACGGCACCCACCUUGAACUUAAGCCCUGAGGAGAAACGUGUGUUUGGGCAAUUAUUUCGACAAGCCGAUACAGAGAAUAUCGGGGUUGUUACAGGAGAAGUCGCAGUUAAAUUCUUUGAGAAGACGAGAUUGGAGCCCCGAAUUCUAGGAGAGAUAUGGCAGAUUGCAGACAAGGAGAAUCGAGGACUUCUAACACCGGCAGGUUUUGGGAUAGUAUUACGGUUGAUCGGUCAUUAUCAAGCUGGACGAGAUCCAACCCCUGAAUUAGCUCUGCGCCCCGGACCACUACCAAAAUUCGACGGAGGAUUAGGUAAUACCAGUCCUACCUUUCAAGCUCCUCCUGGCCCCCCUCCAAGUGCUAUACAACCCCAACCAAGCGGAUCUGGACCGAUCAGAGUUCCUCCUCUUUCCGCCGAAAAAUCUACACAAUAUGCACAACUAUUUGAGAAAUCAGGGGCACAAGGAGGGAUCCUUCCGGGCGAGCAAGCUAAGCAGAUUUUCGAGCGCGCGGGCUUACCGAAUGAGGUUCUGGGUAGGAUAUGGAAUUUGGCGGAUGCGGAACAACGAGGGGCUCUUACUUCUACGGAGUUUGUAAUUGCUAUGCAUUUGCUGGCCUCGUUCAAAACUGGUCAACUUCGAGUUUUACCAAAUAUCCUUCCCGCGGGUCUUUAUGAAGCUGCCACACGAAGAGGACCUACUAGUCGCCAGUCUACUGGCAAUAAUAUCUCGGCAAUCCCAAGACAAUUCAGUGGUCAGCACGGAAGGGCUGGUAGUCCUCUAAGCCGACCCGCGUACAUCCCUCCUCAACAAACCCCUCAAGCUACCAAUGGUGAUUGGGCCAUCAAUCCAGCCGACAAGUUGAAGUUUGAUGGUAUCUACCAUGGUCUCGACAGAUCCGGCAAGGGAUUCAUCACAGGAGAUCAAGCUGUGCCCUUCUUGUCGGAAUCUAAACUUCCGGAAGAGGUUUUAGCACAGAUUUGGGAUCUUGCCGACAUAAACUCGGCUGGCCAUUUGACCAUAGAUGAAUUCGCCGUCGCAAUGUUCCUCAUUCGACAACAGCGAGGCAAAAAGGAUGGUCGAGAUUCGUUGCCAGCCACAUUACCUCCAAAUCUUAUCCCGCCAAGCAUGCGAAAUCAAGUGAGGCCCGCGCCCAUGCCCACAGCUCCAAUCUUCGAAGCUCCUCCGCCAACAAUGCCAAAGUCAGCUGCCGAGGACUUGUUUGGAUUGGAUGCGCUGUCGUCACCAACUGCACCUGUUCAAGCACCACAGUUAACCGGGGGGUCUGCAUCUUUCGGGGCGAACCGCCAAUUAAAUACUGAUCCUUUCGGGAAUAGUUCCCAACCUUUGACCCCAACUUCACCCAUUCAAGCAUCUCCACAAAAUACGGGAUCCGUCUUUAAGCCUUUCAUCCCCUCCUCUUCUUUUGGACAUGCCCUCACCGCGCAUGCUACUGGAAGCUCUAACAAUUCUGGGCCUUCUCGAAGCUUUUCGAAUCAGCCAUCAGUUAGCGAAGAUCUUCUUGGUGAUAACGACCCAGAGAUUAGUAGCAAAUUAACGAAUGAGACUACCGAACUCGCAAACUUAUCCAACCAGGUCGGCAUGCUAUCGACACAGAUGCAACAGGUACAAGGUCAGAGGAGCGCAACACAAAAUGAGUUCACUCAAGCCGAUUCCCAAAAACAACAAUUUGAGGCCCGUCUUUCUCAACUUCGAUCAUUGUAUGAGCAAGAGGUUAAAGAUGUUCGUAGUUUGGAAGAGAGAUUGAAUGCUUCGCGUAAUGAGACCAAGAAGCUGCAGACAGAAAUGGCCAUGAUUGAAGGAACCUACACCGACCUUCAAACUCAACAUCGACAGAUUGUCACAGCACUGCAAGCAGAUCAACAAGAAAAUGCAAGUUUGAAAGAGCGCAUGCGCGUGAUCAAUGCAGAAAUCACGCAGCUAAAACCAUCACUUGAGAAAUUGAGGUCAGAUGCUCGUCAGCAGAAGGGUUUAGUCGCAAUCAAUAAGAAGCAGUUGGCAACUAAUGAGAGCGAAAGGGACAAAUUAAAGGGCGAGGCUAGCGAUUUGACUAAGAGCAUUGAGGAGAAUACGGCAGCUCUAUCAGCUGCUGCUAGAGCUCGUAGCCAAAGCCCUGUUCAGGCUAGAGCUCAUAGUCCUGCUUCAGUUGCAAGUCCAGCACCUUCUACCAUGAGUGCCAACAACCCAUUUUUCAAACGCCAAGCAACUGGUGGAAGUAAUACUGACAUGGGCUCCCCUUUUGCGGCCUCACCUGUGCAACAGACCGACCGUUCUUUUGAAAAUGUAUUUGGUCCAGCCUUUGGUGCUGCAUUACCACACCAAGAGGCAGCAGCUCCCCUUACUUCCUUCAAACAAGACCUUCCAACCCGACCACAAACAAGCGGUGGCUUUUCUACCCCAUCCCUAACUGGCGAUAUACCUCCACCAAUGCCUGCAUCAAGACAAAUGAGCUCAAGCUACUUGCCAUUUCCAACCCAUGUUGAUUCGGUGAGCUCAUCGCGACAAGUUUCUGCUCCUAACAGCAGAUUCGGGGAUGAUUCUACCGGAGACACUCCUACAAACUACAUGAGAACCACUCCUACAGCCUCCUCUCCAGCAAAUCAAGCUGAUCCUGUCGUAACAGCCAGGGAAGCCUCUCCUGAUAUUGAUCGUCGCUCCACAGCAUCCCCUGCUAUCACCGAUUCAAAAGAUAGCAUUCCGGGGGCUUUCCCGGGCGAUGAUAAUUCCAAUAUCGUUGCUACACCGACUGGCGGCACUACCUUAAGUGAACAGGCUGCCGCUGAUCCAUUUACAACGACGAAAGAGCCCGUUCGUUCUGGUACAGCAAAGGAUGACUUCGAUGCAGCCUUUGCUGGAUUUGGUAGCUCUAGCAAAGCCCCAGAGCGUUCAAAUACCGGAAGCUCUACUGAGCCCCCAAUAGCAGCGGCAGCCCCAUCAGGCUUUGGUCAUGAGUUCCCUCCCAUCUCGGAGUUGGAGAAUGAUGACGAAAGUGAUAGUGCUAGCGAGGGCGGAUUUGGUGGCGGCGGUUUUGACGACGAUUUCAACCCAGCUUCUCCUGCCAAGGUUUCUGAGAGCCCUGUCUUAUCACACACGGUAGGUAGCACAACUGGGAGCGCAAAGGAAUUCUUAAACGCGCCCGCUCCUGCUGCUGUUACUGGCAGCGAUCCUCUAACUCCUAAUGCUCAAGCUUCGCCACCUGCUUAUGAUAAAGCUGUUUCCUCGGCUGAUCAAGCACACUCAGAGGUUCAACAAUAUUCAGGCCUUCUUUCAUCUCGGUCAAUUCCAUCUCCUGAACCUGCUGCAUCUCCUGCUAUGGCUGCCCCUCAAACUAUCUUUGGAGCCCCGCAAGAAUCCUCACAACCAGCCCCACCUGCGAAGGUUCCUUUUGAUGAUGACUUCGGUGACGAUUUUGAUGAUCUUGAGGAUGCCAAAGAAGGUGAAGCUGAUGAUGAAUUUGCUAAUGCUGCUUCAUCCGUUCAUGAGUCGAAAAGUGGUCUUGAUGAUUUUAACCCAAUGUUCGAUAGUCCUCCAGCAUCUAAGCAACAAGAUCACACUGGCAACUCUUUUGGCGGUGAUAGCUCCGGAUUUGGAGAUUUUACCUCGUCUCCUAAACAAACAGCGGCUGCGCCAGCACCUGUGAAUGAUAAUCAUGACUGGGAUGCAAUUUUCGCAGGCCUUGAUGGACCAGGAGCCGAAGCUAGUACAUCUGCGGCACAAGCUAAUGCUAGUGGUUCGGCUUCGAGCUUGCAAGCCGAAGCGCGUGGCGCACCAUCUCUUGCAAGAGUUCCGAUUGAGAGUGGACAAACUGAAAGACCGCAGAUUGGGAGAGCUCUUACUGAGGCUGGAGAACAUGAUGAUCCGAUUUUGAAGAAUCUUACUGGGAUGGGGUAUCCGAGAAAUAACGCUUUGGCUGCGUUGGAGAAGUAUGAUUAUAAUUUGGAGAGAGUAGGUCUUUGA